GCGGGGGCGCGCGCGGGGCCGGGCCGGGCCGGGCAGCUCGGGGCUGCGCUCUCGGAGGAGCGCGACUCUUGCCCCGAAGGUUUGUGGCGUCGUCGGCGCCGCGGCAGCGCCGGCCAUGAGGACCCUGUGGAUGGCGCUGUGCGCGCUGGCGCGGCUGUGGCCCGGGGCCCUGGCCGGCUGCGCCGAGGUGGGGCGCUGCUGCCCCGGCCGGGACCCCGCCUGCUUCGUCCGCGGCUGGAGGCUGGACAGGGUCUACGGGACGUGCUUCUGCGACCAAGCCUGCCGCCUCACGGGGGACUGCUGCUUCGACUACGCCAGGGCAUGUCGAGCUCUCCCAUGCGUGGUCGGGGAGUGGAGCCCCUGGAGCGGCUGCGCCGACCGCUGCAAGCCGACCACCCGCGUGCGCAGGCGCCCGGUGCAGCAGGAGCCGCGGAACGGCGGGGCGCCCUGCCCGCUGCUGGAGGAGAGAGCCGGCUGCCUGGAGUACUCGACGCCGCAGGGCCAGGACUGCGGGCGCUCUUUCGUCCCUGCCUUUAUCACUGCCUCUGCCUUCAGCAAGGAGAGAACGAGACAAGCUGCCUCUCCGCACUGGUCUACAGACACAGAGGACACUGGGUACUGUAUGGAGUUCAAGACAGAGUCUUUGACACACCACUGUGCCAUGGAAAACCGCCCUCUGACUCGAUGGAUGCAGUAUCUCCGAGAGGGGUACACAGUGUGUGUCGACUGCCAGCCUCCAGCUAUGAACUCUGUGAGCCUUCGUUGUUCCGGGGAUGGCCUGGACUCUGAUGGAAAUCAGACUCUCCAUUGGCAAGCAAUUGGCAAUCCUCGGUGUCAAGGAACUUGGAAAAAAGUUCGGCGAGUAGAACAGUGUUCUUGUCCAGCUGUUCACAGUUUUGUUUUUAUAUAGACUGCAGUGUAAAUAUUUCAGAUUGUGUUUGUAAACAUGCUAAAUAUUAUCAGGUCGUGUUCAACACUUCAUAAACUUUAAAAACUGUUUGGCCAAAGUCCUUGAACACAUGUCAUCGCUCCACUCUGAAGCAGAGAAAGAAAAUUUAGGGGCCAGUUCUCAGGACACACAGUACCUUUAUUUUUAUUUUUACUAAGUUGAGGACCCAUCCUAAAGGCUCCUGUGCUUUUGUCUCCUUGACCUUUUUACAGAGUCCUCUCCUUCAACAGGUGGCUCAUGUGUAACACAGAAUAUAUGUCUGCUUCCACUAAAAUUACUACAAUAUG